AAGAUAGCCAAGAAAGGGCUGUGGAUAUGCCUGCUCUGUGCCAAGCCCUGGCUUCAGCUAGCAGGCUUCCGCUUCCCUGGCUCCUCCCCACAGUGCCCCAUCACAAACACUUAAUACUUCCGGUUCCUACUCAACCCUUUGUGGACUCUGGCCUUAGCUGUAGUCUCUGUGAGCGCCUGGGAAGACUGGAGGCAAAGUUUCUCAACCAAAGCAAAAGAAGUGUCUGGUGUUGUAGUACCAGCUAACUCUCCUGAGAGGAGCCUCAGCUGCCACCUGCAGAUGACCUGGGUUCCAGCUAUGUGGCUGCCUCUGCUGCUGGGAGUCUUACUCUGGGCAGCGCUGUGGUUGCUCAGGGACCGGCAGAGCCUGCCCGUCAGCAAUGCCUUUGUCUUCAUCACCGGCUGUGACUCUGGCUUUGGGCGGCUUCUGGCACUGAGGCUGGACCAGAGAGGCUUCCGAGUCCUGGCCAGCUGCCUGACCCCCUCGGGGGCAGAGGACCUACAGCAGGUAGCCUCCUCUCGCCUCCACACCACCCUGCUGGAUGUCACUAAUCCCGAGAGUGUCCAGCGGGCAGCCAGAUGGGUAAAAACACAGGUUGGGCAAUCAGGGCUUUUUGGUCUGGUGAAUAAUGCUGCUAUGGUUGGUAUCGCUGGGCUCACACCGUGGCUGACACAGGAUGACUUCCAUCAGGUGCUGGAUGUGAACACACUGGGUCCCAUCAGGGUCACCCUUGCCCUGCUACCUUUACUACAGCAGGCCCGGGGCCGGGUGGUCAACAUCAGCAGCGUCUUUGGUCGCCUGGCAGCAAUCGGUGGGGGUUACUGUGUCUCUAAGUUUGGCGUGGAGGCCUUCUCAGACAGCCUAAGGAGAGACGUGGCUCCUUUUGGAGUACAAGUCUCCAUCGUGGAACCUGGCUUCUUCCGAACUCCUAUGACAAAUGUGGAGACUUUGGGGAAUUCCCUGCAAGCCUGCUGGGCACGGCUGCCUCCUGCCACAAAGGCACUCUAUGGGGAUGACUUCCUUACCAAGUACCUGGAAGUGCAGCAGCGUGUCCUGAACCUGCUCUCUGACCCAGACCUGACCAAGGUGAUCAAGUGCCUGGAACAUGCCCUGACUGCUCGUCACCCCAGAAGCCGCUACAGCCCAGGCUGGGACGCCAAACUGUUCUGGCUGCCAGCCUCCUACCUGCCAGCUGGCCUCGUGGAUGCUGUGCUCACCUGGUUCCUUCCCAAGCCUGCCCAGGCAGUCUACUGAAGGCAGCCUUCCACCAAGUACUUUACUCCUGCCCCAACCCUGGCACUGCCUGGUGCCUGACACAAAAUAGGCACUCAAUGUGUAUUUUAAAAAUAAAAGUAGGUGGGCAGAAA